AUGAGUGUUAUUGACGAUAUUAAUACAUGGGUGUUUCACGAAUAUCCAGAAGAAUUAAGAGUCACUUUACUCGACAAACAUGAAAUAUGGGUGUUAUCGACACCUUAUGAAGAUGAACUGCAUUUUAAAAUAAAAAAAGGCUCGGCAUUGGAAUAUUUAAAGGAAAUGUUUGAUACGCUGGAAUGUUUUCAUAGCUUAUUGACUUACAAUUUGUUUAGAUUAAUUAAAGUCUACUAUCGAGAAAAGAGAAGAAACCCAGGUGCACCGAUUAAUAUUACAUUAUGGGAUUUUUACAAAUAUGUACAUAGAAUGCAAGCAGUGUUUUCUUAUGGAAAAUUCGACGUUCAGCAAUGGCAGUCGGACAUUUACUCGAGGUUGAAGGAAAUGGAAAACAUUGAAAGUCUAGAUGAUUUCGUAGCGGACAGCAAACUCCAAGAAGACAAAGACGAAAAAUUAAUAAUCACAAUGACGGAAUUCGCAUAUCUAUGUCAAAAAAAACAUUACUUGCCUCAAUCAGAAUGUAUUAACAGAGUUAUCCGAAAACCAUUGUUAACACAAACAUAUUUCAAUUGGUUAAGCUGUAAAAUGAAUGUUCCUUGCGUACGUUCGUUGGAAGGCGAAGUCACUAGAAACAUCUUUCGACUACCCGAAGAAGAAAUGGAAGAAAGGGAGAAAUUAAUUCUCGAAGGCCUCCAGUCGAGUCGAACGGAAAUGGGUUUCUUAGAAAGUCAAACUAGUGAUUCAACCAAGUUGGUCGAAAACAAAAAUGAGUUCAGACUGUAUGCUUCUAAAUUUGGUCGUGUUUGCAAGCCAGGACCUCAAGUGACCCCUUCUAGUGUUUUGAAAUAUAUUCUUUUGGCUGACUACAGUGAAUCUGAUGCGAUGAGGUAUGAAAAGACGCACAAAAUAAUGGGUAUAAAAUCUUUUCAAGACGAAACGAAAUUGAAACGAGGCCAGACGGUUUGGUUGGAGACGACGGCAUAG